AAAAGCAAAAAAAAAACCGUAUUGCGAUCAUUCUACUGCAGGUCUGCUUUAUUGCGAACAUCGCAGGAUGAGGCUGUAUUAAUACUGAGUAGUCCGAAACGUAGGGAAAUUUUGAAGGAAGGUCCACCGCAAAACAUUCGUAAUAAUAUUUUAGGUAAAGGUGCUUAUGGAACAGUUAUUAAGGCAGUUUAUAAAGCUAAGCCGGUGGCAGUGAAAAUCGUUAAAAAUCUCGGUGAUUGUAAUCAUCAAACCAUGCGAAAUGAAUCGCAUGUUUUAGGCUGGAAGCAUGCGAACAUUGUUCGAAUAUUUAAGGUUGAGAUAACUAUGAAUUUUGCUAUUGUUAUAAUGGAACGUUUUCUGGGCCAUUCUCUGCAAAAGAUUUUAGACUGUAUGGAAUUGCCUUUAAAGCACCGUGUCUAUAUUGGUUUGGAUGUAUUGGCCGCUUUGAUGUAUUGUCAUAAACGCAAUUUAUUGCAUAUGGAUGUUAAACCCAAAAAUGUCAUGAUUACAUGGGGUAAUAAUAAUGAGAACUGGUCAAACAAGUGUUACACAUGUAAGCUAUGCGAUUUUGGUUCGUCGGUUAAAAUAACUGAGCAAACUACCGCCGUAAAGGGAAUAAUAAAGGGUACUGUGCGAUACAUGGCCCCAGAAGCUUUAAAAGAAGAAUAUCUUCACUCAUCAGCUGAUAUUUAUUCAUUAGGCAUUACUUUAUGGCAAAUGAAGUAUCGUCACUUGCCCUACGACUGGUUAGAGUGCAACGAAAUAGUAGCCUAUCAAGUGGUGAAAAAUAAUUUAAGACCAACAGCUUGUUCAAGUCAAAAAGCAGCUAAUAAUAAUAAUCGGGCAAUAAUGCCUUCUAGUCGUCAAAGUUGUUACUCGAAAACUCUGGUAGAUGUUUCAAAAAACUCUUUGAAAAAUGUCCAAAAUAUUUUGAAACCUCCUAAAGCUACUUUAACAAGUUCGAAAGGCAACUUCGAUGGAAACCAUAGUCAGAAAAGCAUUCGGAAACCUUUUGAAGAUUUAAAUAUCGUUGCUAAGUCUUCUGAAAAUGUUAAAUGCAAUUUAAGUCGAGCCAAUCGUAUGUAUCCAGAAACGAUGUUUCAAAUCGGUGAUGAGGCGAUCUAUGUUGAUCCUAUUAAAGAACAAAAGUACGAUGACUUGUACAUAAAGUGUUGGGAUAAUGAUUGCUCAAGAAGGCCAUCUGGCAAAGAUCUUAGGAGAGAUUUAAAAGAAUUGCUUUAACUUCUUAUCUGUUUAUCGUUUUGCAAACGUUUCAUCUUUUUUUUUUUCAAUCUUGUUUUUGUUUUCUUUUUACAGAAUUGUUGUGUUAUUUGAUAAUUACAUGUCUCACUGAGUUCAGUACAUUCAGUAUUAUUUCAACUUGUCUCGUUUACGAUGUACUACAGUUGUAAUUUAUUAUAUCCCAUUAAUAAUUUGCUUAUCGUGUUUCUGUUUAAAAUAAUUUUCUAGUUUAUAUUACUUUGUUAUUUAUUCUACGCUUUUAAUAAAUUCUUAUGCUCUUUUAAAAUGAAUGAUUACUUAAUUAGUGUAGGAUCAAGCCGACAGUUUCAUUGUAGCAGCUCACUUCGCUCUACGUGUCACUGGACAUAAGUAAUAGAUGUGGAGGAAGAACUGAAAAAUUAUUCCGGAAAUCAGUUUGCUCUAUGACUAACUGCCGGUGUGAAGAAACAAUUUACUUGUUUAAGGAUGAGAUCACUCUGCUCUCUAAAGCAUUCAAGAAGUCAUCCAAAGACAUCAAGGUGCGGAGUAAUGUAUUCCUGUACCGAGCUGGGCGGACAAUAUUUUAACGUUCAGCCACAUAGAUAGAGAGAAACUACGAUUGUGAUUGAAGAAUUUUCUAGAGAUAGAUUAACAAGUUUCUGCUUUCAACCCAUAAUAAAUACUGUAUAUUUAUAUUUAGCUGUGACACUGUCACGGUAUCGUGCAAACGGCAACAUCAUCGAGGUAGUCACUUGCCUUUUUGUGGCUUUCAUAAUUUGAGAGCCUUGUUACAACCUACACUGCCUGUCGCAUAACGUAAGUUCACGCGGUUAUGUACAAUAUGCAGAAGGACUUGAAAUAGACCGACCUUUUCUCUUAUUCUAGCUUGUUUGUCAGUCUUAUGUUCUUGCGCUCAACCUACAGAAUGAACGCGGUUUUCCAAUUGCUUCGAAUUGGAGCACUUUUUCGACCCUUUCCCAGGCACGAGCACAUUUAAUGGCGAGCCGUGGCCAACUAUAAUACUUUUACUUGCUUGAUAAAAUUUAAUUAUGACUAUACUGACUCCCGAAUAGUAAAAUUUGACACAAUACCGCAAUAAAAUUGACUAAGGGCAACAAGAGAAAACAUUAUUUUCUCCUACGACUAAUAAGCUAUGACUACAGUCAGAGUAUGAGUGUAAAGUAGAUUCCCAUCCAUAAUAUAUGGCAAUAACGCAAUAGUGAAGUAAAGCGGUGUGCAGAUGAAUUUGUCUCAAAUAAGCGAAAGCAGGAAAGUAACCAUUUAAGCGAAGCGCCAGAAUUUAGAACUUUACGUGAAAGAAAUUUUAUUCAGAUUGAAUCGAAUUAACGUCUCAUCUCAUGGUGUACAAAAUAUAUAUGUAUAUAAUAGCAAAGCAAUAUGGCACUGUUUCUUUGACAAAUUCAACAGCUAUUUCAACUGUUCAAUAAGUCGUAAACUCAGUCGAAAGUGACUAUAGCAAAAAGGGAUAAAAUCAAUAGCAAUCUUCUGAGCAAUUUCUCUGUAUGCUUACCGGAACUUAACAACUCGGGUUUUAUAAUACUGAUCUCGGAGAAUUUACUUAUUGACUAUUCUUUCGGAAAACUAAAAUCGCCAAAAAAUCUAAACAACUACAACAAGAACAUAGUCUUCUUUGAAACAUCUGAUGUUGUUCCUGGUAUUAUCAGUAUGGGCAUUUUGCAGGGCGGAUCAGAGAUCUAAUUCUUGUCUUCAGAUGCUUUUGAAAAAUCUAAUACGUAUCCGUAUCGUGUCGUGUUGUGCAAACAAUCAGGGUGUACGAUCUUUAGCUUUCAAAUUUGUAUCAAUAUAUAAUUUAUAAUUUAUUUCUAUAUGAAAACUUUACACAAUUGGCUUAAACAUAUUAUUGAU